UUUAAUCGUCUGCUGAAAGUGACUUUCUUACUUCUGUCAUCCAAGAUCCAAAUAGUGCAUAUGUGCUGGAAGAUUUGGCUAUACACCUUGUAUACCUAAUCAUAAAACACAACAACCCUAAUUCCAGACCGUUAUUAGGAUUUAGCAUAGCAUUACAAUACCCAAUCCGGACCAUCAAAUACUACAUGCAAGGCUUAAAUUUGCCAUUAUUAUUCUAAAUCCGGAUCACUGACACAAACUCUGUUCAUAGCAAGUCUGUCAGAUCUAAAUCCAGCCCGUUAAUAGCAGUCCCACACAGUAAAGAUGAAGAAUCAGAAUGGAAAGGCCCGUUCUACUUCAUACAAGGAGCAGACCCACAGUUUGGCCUCAUGAAAUCCUGGGCUCUUGGUGACUGUGAUCUUGGAGGAGAUGAAUGGGACCAGGAGAUCAGAUUAACCGAGGAAGCAGUGCAAGCCAUUAAUAAGCUAAACCCCAAACCAAAGUUCUUUGUGUUGUGUGGUGACCUCGUUCACUCAAUGCCAGGUAUCGAUUUUAAAGAAGAUCAGGAAAGAGAUCUAAAAAAUGUUCUCCAGAAGACUGACGGAGAUAUCCCACUGGUGUUUGUCAGUGGAAAUCAUGACAUAGGAAAUGCCCCAACUCCUGAAACCAUACAGACUUACUGCAACAACUGGGGAGAUGACUACUUUUCUUUCUGGGUUGGGGGUGUUUUAUUUCUUGUGCUAAAUUCCCAAUUAUUCUUUGAUUCUUCGAAAUGCCCGGAACUAAAAGAGAGUCACGACAGAUGGCUUGCUUCUCAGCUUGCCAUAGCCAAGCAGCAGAAGUGUAAGCAUGCGGUCAUAUUUCAACACAUCCCCUUAUUCCUCCAAAAUCCAGAUGAAGAUAACAACUAUUUCAACAUAGAGAAGUCGCUGCGGCAGGACUUGUUAGAAAUGUUUCAUAAAGCAGGUGUCAGAGCAGUGUUCUCUGGACACUACCAUAGGAACACUGGAGGCAUGUACAAAGACUUAGACAUGGUGGUGACCUCUGCCAUUGGAUGUCAGCUUGGACAAGACAAACACGGUCUUCGCGUGGUGGUUGUCACUGAGGAGAAGGUUGUUCACAGAUAUUACAGCUUAGAUGAACUAAAUUCCAAGGGCCUUGAUCAAGACCUUAUGGAUUUAAUUAAUCAGAAAUAAUGUAAUCAACACGUUACAUACACUGAUAUCGACAUACUAUUGUUGUGGUGGAAAGUCUUUUUUGUUUGUUUAAUAGAAAACACUACAAUAUCAACGGUGCUACUACACCCAGGUCUGAUCAGCUUCAUCAUCAGUCUGUGUAUAAUUUUUUGAUUAAGUAUUUUAUUUGUGAGAAACAUGCAUCCAAAAUGUUAAGACUAAAGAUUAGUUAUUUCUCCUAAAAUAUGAUCUUUUUUUUCUAUCAUGUAAAUUUUUAAAAUGUUAUCCCACAGAA